AUGAGAGAAAGUAAGGAAAAGCUAGAAAGGAAAAAUAUCUUAAAGCUUAGUAGGGAUUGGAGGGAGAAAAGUGUUCAGAAGAAAAAGGCAGGACAUAAAGAGCUUAAUGACAGCCGUGCGGUUGAAGAGAAGUGUAAAGAGAGUAUCAGUUCCUUCUCCCAGAGUAUCAGUCUCUCCUCCCAGAGUAUCAGUUCCUCCUCCCAGAGUAUCAGUUCCUUCUCACAGAGUAUCAGUUCCUUCUCCCAGAGUAUCAGUUUCUCUCCCAGAGUAUCAGUUCCUCCUCCCAGAGUAUCAGUUUCUCUCCCAAAGUAUCAGUUCCUCCUCCCAGAGUAUCAGUUCCUUCUCACAGAGUAUCAGUUCCUCCUCCCAGAGUAUCAGUCUCUCCUCCCAGAGUAUCAGUUCCUCCUCCCAGAGUAUAAGUUUCUCUCCCAGAGUAUCAGUUCCUUCUCCCAGAGUAUCAGUUUCUUCUUCAAGAGUAUCGAUCUCCAGAUUUAUAGAAUGCCGGACAAGAAGCGCCCUGUGUCCUCUGGUAGCGACAAGAAGCCGAAGCGUUCUAAAACUGAGGAAUCCCUGGUUUACGAUCCUGUUCACUUUAUCAGAUCCCAUUCUAAGAACAAUGACCCUGCUGAUGUUCAGACUCAGAUCUGGGAGGUUGUGUUCGAACCUGAUCCAGAGGAUAGCAGCAAGACCCUGAGUAAUGUAGCAACCUGCGGAGGAAACAGUAUUUGCAUCAUUGAUGUGAACUCAGGCACAGUCCUCAUGAAGUACAAACACAAGGAUAUUAGAGAGAAUUUUUAUACUCUCGCCUGGACAACUCUGAACCUGGGAGGGGAGAAGACUAAUAUUCUAGCUAGCGGGGGGAUUAAAGGAGAAAUCAGGAUGUUUCAUCCCAAAAACAAGGUGUGUUUCCACGAAUGGAAGCCGGUUGAUAUUAAGAAGCCAACUGCUGUAAACUCCCUUGUGUUCCACAGUUCUGAACCCACCUGGCUCUUUGUGGGAACCAACGACGGCAACGUGUCUCUCUUUGAUGUUGGUACUCCUACCCUUCCAACAUAUGAUGGAGUUAACCCUAGACAACUCCUCAAACUCUUCCCUGAUUACGGAGACGUAUAUAAUAUCGCUUGGUCUGGACACAAUUCUAAGUGGCUGCUAGCUGGGACAGCUGCUGGGUUAGUAGGAUGGAAGAUUGAGGCGGAGAAGGUGCGGAGUGAAACGAAGUACAAACCUUUCCUGGUUGAUUUCCUUCUACCUGCCAGUGAACGGGAUAAGGACGAGAACCCAAUAGUUGACAGUUUAGCUAUUGUGUCCGAGUAUACCGUAGUGGCAAAGUGUGCCAAUCACGGGCUUAUAUACCUGUGGGAUCUGAGGUACAAAUACAUGCCAAUUCUUUGUGAACUUGUGAGCAUGCUAGCAAACCUGAAAUGGUCGGAUACAGACAACUUCUAUAUGAAUCUGGGAUGCCACAAGGGUAAAGGACUGAUAGUGUGCGGAGAUGACAAGGGAAGCCUAUGGCUCUACAACAUGCCUGGUAUGGUUAACAGUAGUCCGGAUAAGAGUCCAGAACCUAUCAAGAAACUGGUUGAUCCAACCACAAAACUGGUUUGGCCGGAGCUACAGGACGACCACCUGGAGAACAGCAGGAAGGUACCGCUUGACCGACACGAUAUUAUCAUAGACAAGGUCACAACAAGCUGGGAUUGCAGUCAUAUCGUCGCUGUUACUUCAAAUAACAUGGUUUGUAUUUGGAAGAGAACAGACGAGGAUAGUUCAGAUAGUUAAACCCGUCCUCACUCCAGCCGCUAAUCAAUCGAUUACGAAACCAAAUCAUUGAAAUAGACUUAGUUUUGUAGAAUGUGAACUGCCCUCCCUCCUUCUCUUCUGGAAACAAAGAGUUGGAUGGAAUGUGAAUUGCCCUCCCUCCCUUCAAAUAUAAAUCUCACAAUUCCAAUAUUAUGUCGCUUUAUCAAGGGAAUAAUUUCCCUUCUGUUUCUGUUAAUGUAUCGUUGUCUUUCGACCCCUUUGAGCUGAAUUCUGAUAAUUUUUGUUAACGUUUUUUUAUUAAUUGUUCUUUACUCAGUGUAUCUGUAUCUUACUUUCAAUUGAAUAAUUUUUUACUAUGUGUGCGGGAAUCUUCAAUUGUUUGUAUUCAACGUCUCGUACAAUUAGAGUCAUAUAACUUGUUUCUUUAUAACGUUAUCUUUUUUUCAAUUUAUAUUUUUUGUUCUGUUCUCCCUCUCUGAAUUCAUUCGAACUUCAUUUGUUGAGUUACGAAUUCAUUCAAACUUGAUUUGUCGAGUUACGAAUUCAUUCGAACUUCAUUUGUCGAGUUACGAAUUCAUUCAAACUUCAUUUGUCGAGUUACGAAUUCAUUCGAACUUCAUUUGUUGAGUUACGAAUUCAUUCGAACUUCAUUUGUCGAGUUACGAAUUCAUUCGAACUUCCUUUGUCGAGUUACGAAUUCAUUCGAACUUGAUUUGUCGAGUUACGAAUUCAUUCGAACUUCCUUUGUCGAGUUACGAAUUCAUUCGAACUUCAUUUGUCGAGUUACGAAUUCAUUCGAACUUCAUUUGUCGAGUUACGAAUUCAUUCGAACUUCAUUUAUCGAGUUACAAAUUCAUUCGAACUUCAUUUGUUGAGUUACGAAUUCAUUCGAACUUCAUAUGUCGAGUUACGAAUUCAUUCGAACUUCAUUUAUCGAGUUACGAACUCUUACUAAAUUCAAAAAAUAGUACUUAAACCGUUUACGUUUUUUGCCAAUUGUUAAAUGUGUUCUGAAAUAUAGUGUACAAAUGUAAA